AUGAAAACAAAUGCAGUAAUAUCACCUCAAAUACCUAUAUUUAAAAAAUCUUCUUUUCAGACCAUAACUAUUCAAAAUGGAGAUAUACGAAUUGCUAAUCAUAAUUUUUCUUCACCAUUUUCAACCUAUGAAAUUCGAUUACUGCCUAGUUCAAUUAUUAACAUAUUCAAAUCUGCUACAUUCAAUCCUAUCAUAUCAAUAAAAAACCAAGAAAUUCAUCAUAUUUAUAAUAUGCUUCAUGGUUCACAAGUCGGUAUGGAAAAUUAA